GUGCAUUGCGCGGGGGGCGGACCCGACCCGGGUGGCGGCGGCUCUCCCAAGGUGACUGGAGCUGGGCCGGGACGGGACCUGCACCCUGCCUCUCCCGGUGCUGGUGGGUCCGCGGACGCGUCGGUGUAAUCAUGAUUCUGCAGCAGAUUCUGCGGCUUUCUUCCCUUUUUCGCUCUGCUGUGUCCGUGCACCUGCGCAGAAACAUUGGGUUUUCUGCUGUUGCCUUUAAUAAGGCGAAAGAGCUCGAUCCAGUUCAGAAGCUCUUCGUGGACAAGAUCAGAGAGUACAACACAAAGAGCAAGCAAGCUGGAGGGCCUAUUGAUGCAGGCCCUGAAUUUCAGAAAGACAUGAAUGAAGCCCUUGCUAGACUUCAGCGGGCAUAUGGUGAAGGAGAUCUAACCAAGUUUCCAGAUUUUAAAUUUCAGGAGCCCAACUUUGAAGAGACUCCAAAGUGAUCUCUGCAGGUUGUACAGCAAAGAACAGUGUAUAUCAAUGGAGUUGCUGAACAUGGCACCAGUUGUGACUUAAUAAAUGCAAUGGUUCAGUUUGAUUUCA